AAUGUAUAUGGCGGAUGUUUAUGAUUUAUGUUCAUUUCGCAAGUUUGUUUUUGAAUUUUGGAAUAAUGCAGAGGCAAAACUAGUAAAAUGGUCAUUAAAUGUAUUGUGCGCGGUUGCAAAAACACAUGUAAGUAAACAAAGAAAAUCAACCAUCAGAUUUACGGUUCAGGAUGAUGAAGAGUCGAAUAUUUUAAUAAAAUCAAAUGACGAAAAUGCAACUAGUGCACCUUCUAAACGAUCCUGGGAAACUAUGUUAGACGUGCCAUCUUGCAGUCAUGAAUCUAGGCCGCUGCGUGACGCUACAAAAGAAAAUGUAAAUGUUCCUGUUUGUAAAAAAUAACUUUACUUCGAAACAUUUUGGAAACGGAAAAAGAAAAUAUGAACAUCGAUGAUAUUAUAAUAUCCAAAAUAGUAUUUCUUCAGCAUGCUUUGUUAGUCUAUUAAAUUAAUAACCACAUUAUUAUGCCUAAAUUUUUUCAGUGUUUCAGUUUUUUAAAGUUCAAUUGUGAUUUUAGUUCUGACUAUAGCAUCAAAUAGUCUGAGUCAACUUAUAUUAAAAAUGUAUUAAUCAGUAUUAUUAUUCAACACUUCACACCACAGUUGCGACCAAUGUUUUAUUUAUACGUAUUCUAUAGUGUAUUCUAUACGUGGUAGAGUCAUGCUGCAGCUAUAUUAGUAGUAUAAUUGAAGCACGAAUGGGUCGGCUCGACCGGCGAAGGAACACGCUCUCACAGAAUACCAGCGCAAAAUAGCAGCUUAACGCUGUUGUGUUUCGUAUGUUGAGCGUAGAGAACCAGAGACCCUUUUUACUGGAAACUAGGCAUUCCAACUUCGUCCUCACGGGUGACAACGCAUCUGCAUUUUGAUUAGUAAUCGAGGAUAGAUGUAGAUGUCUAUGGGCCGCAGCAACCACUUACCUUAUUCUAUAAAAAAAAAUCAUCCUAUGGAUGACAGUAUUAAUUGGUUUGAAUUUCAUUAACCUAGAAUUUUAAAAUUAUUUUUUUAUAGGAUAAGGUGACAAACGAGCACACAGUCCACCUGAUUGUAAGUGGUUGCUGUGAAUUUCAAUCUCUUUUGACCAUGCGUCUCAGAACGCAUCUAAAAAAAUUUAUGGACCAAAAGUUGAGUGAUGUUCGUACCAAGCGACAAAAACUUCACAAAACUAUUCGAUCAUGUAUAAAAAUUGUGUUGUAAAAACCUUCACCUCUAAUUAUUAUUAUUGUAUAUUUUAAUUUUGUAGACACUAUUGCUAUUGUAAUAAUAAAUGUAAAUAAAAACGAUU